AUGGUCGUGCAAACGAGGAGCAAGAACAAGGACGUUCCGUCCAAGGGGGUCCAGGCCCCCCGAUGCCCCGUGCGCAGCCGCCGGGGCAUGGGCAGCGGCAAGCGGAGGCCUCAUACCGAGGACAAGUGCAGCAAGGGGCCGCGACCCUCGUCGCCUGCGUCCAUCCACCUGUCGGGGGGCGGCGGCCGCAAGGGGCAUGCCUGGGGUUCGCUGCUGCGCCGGCUGCUGAUCGCCGCUGUGCGGCCCCUCCUCGGCCUGUUCGCGGAGACGCUGCCUGGGCUGCGGCACAACCAGCGCUUCUCGUGGAACUUGACGCUGACCAUAGGUGCCUUUGUGGGAGUUUUGCACUGGGCUCAUUUAACAACUCUUUUUGAAAACGAUCGCCAUUUUUCCCACCUCUCAGCCUUGGAAAGGGAGAUGACUUUUCGCACUGAAAUGGGACUUUACUAUUCCUACUUCAAGACUGUGAUAGAAGCACCUACAUUUCUGAGAGGACUGUGGCUGAUUAUGAAUGAUAAUCUUACUGAAUUUCCCCUUGUAAUUAAUGCAGUGAAACGCUUUCAUCUUUAUCCAGAGGUAAUCAUAGCCUUCUGGUACCGCUUGUACAUUGGAACAAUGGACCUCACUGGCAUUCGAACAAAAGUGUGCUGGAAUGUUUCCAGAGGACAAGAGCUUCAUCCAGUCGAAAGCUGUGAAGGACUGGGAGACCCUGCUUGCUUUUAUGUUACUAUGAUUUUUGUUUUAAAUGGACUAAUGAUGACAUUAUUCUUCAUAUAUGGCACAUACCUAAGUGGGAGUCAAGUAGGAGGUCUAAUUACAGUUCUGUGCUACUUUUUCAACCAUGGAGAGGCUACACGUGUGAUGUGGACUCCACCCCUCCGAGAAAGUUUCUCCUACCCAUUCCAUGUACUUCAGAUGCUGCUCAUAACUCAUGUUCUCAGAUCUCAUCAGAAUUGUAAGAAAGACUUCAUUGCACUCCUUGUGGCUAAUGUCGCUUUCAUGCUUCCUUGGAAGUUGGCUCAGUUUAUUCUUUUUACACAGAAAUCCAGUAUAUAUCCUAUUGCAAUCUGUUUUGUUUUAACGUUUGGAAAUCACACGUAUUUGUCAUCUUAUUUUGCCUCCUCUUUGAUAAUAACGUGGGGUUUUGUGAAAAAAAGAAGUAAAGUCCAAAAAUUGCAAUCAUCUGGCUGUACCGUAUGGCUGAUUCAGUGUUUUCUUUGGUGGAGUGGAACAAUUAUUUUGAAAAUUCUAUUAUCUCAACUCCUUGCUGUUUCGGAUCAUAUUCAUCUUAGUGACCUCAUAAUUGCCAAAAUUUUAAGAUACACAGAUUUUGACACUUUGAUGUAUACCUGUGCUCCUGAAUUUGACUUUAUGGAAAAGGAGACUCCACUGAGGUACCUAAAGACAUUACUGCUUCCAGUUGUUGUUAUGAUUUCUUUUUUAAUCUUUAAAAAGGUGAUUCCUGACAUUUUUUACAUGUCACCUACAGGGGAAAUUUGUAGCAGAAAUCACGUUGACCGGGAUGAGUCACAGAAUCCACCCACAAUUCUGCUGGUUUUUCAUGAAUUGCAGCUAUUUGCAUUUGCUAUUCUUGCUAUUUUCAUUAUGAGAUUGAAGCUAUUUUUGACACCUCACAUGAGCGUUAUGGCUUCCUUGGUCUGCUCCAAACAGCUCUUUGGUCGGUUCUUUGACAGAGUUCGUUUUGAGAAUUUUGUCUUUGCCCUUAUAGCAGUGAUGUCAAUUCAAGGUUGGCUAAACCUUCAGAGUCAAUGGAGCAUAAUAGGAGAGUUCAAUAAUGCACCACAGGAAGACCUUCUGCAGUGGAUCAUACACAGCACCAGAUCGGAUGCAGUUUUUGCAGGUGCCAUGCCUACAAUGGCAAGUGUCAAGCUCUCUACACUUCGCCCUAUUGUCAAUUACCCACAUUAUGAGGAUGGAGGAUUGAGUAGGGUCAGAACUAAGAUAGUUUACUCUGUCUACAGUCGACAAACAGCUAAAGAAGUAAGAGACAAACUAUUAGAAUUGCAUGUGAAUUAUUACAUUUUAGAAGAGUCGUGGUGUGUUGUAAGGACUAAGCCUGGUUGCAGUAUGCUUGAAAUCUGGGACGUGGAAGACCCUGUGAACGCUGGCAAGCCUUCCUUGUGUAGCAUCCUCUUUAAGGAUGGCAGGCCUUACUUCACCUCCGUGUUCCAAAACAGCAUGUACAGAGUCUUGAGAGUGAACUAG